UUGUAAAAAAUUCAAUAUGGACUUGUAAAAUGAUUCUUGCAAUCAAGGAGCAAAAGAAAGAAAGAGAAACAAAACUCGUCCAAUUCAAUACAAUUCAUCUUUACCCAACUCCACUUCUUCUUGCUAACCCAAAUUCUUUUCUCAAAUUUCUCUACUCUCAUUUCUUCCUCUAAUUUCUUGCAAUAACGCAAGCCAACCAUGUCUUUGCUUGGAGCCCUGUCCGCUAUACGAGAAAUUAUUGUUUCCAAAUUCUUUGACUAUCUUCUAUACAAGUUGGGUUCUUUUGAAUUCCUGCAAUUUUCCAGUGAAAAGCAGAUUCAAGAAGAGCUCGAGAAGUUGAAGAAGGAAUUGCUGGAGAUUCGUCUACUGCUUGAUGAUGCUGAGGAGAGGCAGAUAAAAAAUCAAUCUGUGAAAAAUUGGUUGUCAGACCUCCAAAUUUUGGCAUACGAUGUGGAUGACAUUGUGGACGAGCUUGAAACUGGAAUUGCCGAGCGUAAUUUGAUGUUGAAACGUCAUGGUAGUUCAAGUAAGAAACCCAGACUCAUUUUUGAUACUUUCGAUGUUGUUUUGUUUAACAGUGUCAUGAUGUCAAAAAUAAAAGAUAUCACUGUCAAAUUGAAAGAUUUAGAACCUCGAAAAAAUCAGUUACAACUAAGAAUGAUCGACUCCUCGAAGUCCAAAAGAAUAAAAGGAAGGCAGCAACCUACUUCUCUGGAGAUUGAAACUCAGGUGUAUGGUAGAGACAAAGAUAAGGAGACAAUACUUGAAUUGGUUAUCAAGAGUGAUGAUGAAGAAAAUUUUGUGAUUCCCAUCGUUGGAAUGGGAGGGAUCGGUAAGACAACCUUGGCCCAGCUUAUUUACAAUGAUGUUACUGUUCACAAUAAUUUUGAUCUUAAAGCAUGGGUUUGUGUUUCUGAUGAUUUUGAUGUCACAAAAAUCACAAAAGCAAUUUUUCAGGCAAUCACUUCUGAGCCAUGCAGUGACAAUGAUUUGAAUUCUCUUCAAGAAAAAUUAAAGAAUAAGUUGUCAGGGAAAAAAUUCUUGAUUGUUUUGGAUGACGUUUGGAAUGAGAAUUAUCAUGACUGGACUAUUUUACAAUCUCCUUUUCUAACAAGGACUGCGGGAAGCAAAAUUAUCGUGACAACAAGAAGUUUUGCUGUUUCAUCUACAAUGGGUGCUUCUCAUGCUCAUUCUUUACAGGUUUUGUCAGAAGAUGAUUGUUUGUCUGUAUUUGCUCAACAUGCAUUGGGAUUAAGAGAUUUUGGAGGACAUCCAAAUCUGAAAGAAGUUGCUGAGAAAAUAGUGAGGAAGUGCAAUGGCUUGCCUUUGGCUGCUAAAACCCUUGGAGGAUUGCUUCGUACUAAUGUUGACCUUGAUGCUUGGCAAAAAAUAUUAGAGAGUGAGAUAUGGAAGCUAUCACAUCAUCAGUGUGGUAUAAUUCCAGCUCUUCAAUUGAGUUACCAUCAUCUUCCUCCACAUUUGAAGCGGUGCUUUGCAUAUUGCUCCAUUCUUCCUAAGGAUUAUGAAUUUCAAGAGAAAGAAAUAAUCUUGUUAUGGAAGGCAGAAGGCUUUUUACAGGAAGCAAGUGAUAAAUAUAGCUUUGAAGGUCUAGGCCACAAGUAUUUUAGAGAUCUAGUAUCAAGGUCUCUUUUGCAAAUAUCAAACAAAGACAGUUCUCGAUUUGUUAUGCAUGACCUCAUUAAUGAUUUGGCUAAAUCAGUUGCCGGAGAAAUAUGUUUCAGAAUUGAAGGUGAUCAGAAAUUUUCAAAGCACGCUCGUCACUUAUCUUACAUUGGUGGUCAGUUUGAUGGCAUCAAAAAAUUUAAGGGCAUUGGUGAAGCACAACAUUUACGUACUUUUUUACCAUUUAGGAUGUCAAACUAUAUGAGUUGUUGGGUAACUAAUGAUGUUUUAACACAUUUGUUGCCAAAUUUAAGAUGCCUAAGGGUGCUUUCUUUGAGAGGGUAUCAAAUCUCAGAGUUGCCGGAUUUUAUCAGAAAUUUAAAACACUUGCGGUACUUGGAUUUUUCUCGCACUCCUAUUAAGUGCUUACCUGAGUUCGUUAGUACCCUUUAUAAUUUAGAAACACUUUUAUUAAGGAAGUGUAUGAAUCUUGAGAAGCUACCUUUAGAGAUGGAAAACCUAGUCAACCUAUGUUAUCUUGAUAUCACUGGUGCAUAUCGCUUAGAAAGCAUGCCGAGUAAUUUUAGCACACUAAGUGAUCUUCAAACACUAUCCGAUUUUGUUUUACAAAAGGGAAAGGGAUGUCAAAUAAGGGAGCUAGAGGCUUUAUCAAAUCUCAAGGGUCAACUUUGUAUUUUAGGGUUGGAGAAUGUGGUUGAAACUCAAGAUGCACGGAAAGCUAAGUUACAUGAGAAAUUAGGAUUGGAUAAGUUAAAAUUGAUAUGGAGUGAAGACUUUAAGAAUAGAAAUGCAGAAAUCGAGACAGAAGUGUUGGAUUUGCUUCAUCCUUCCAAAAAGCUUAAAGAGCUUACCCUCAUGUUCUAUGGUGGUGUGAGGUUGGCGGAAUGGAUGGGAGAUUCUUCAUUCAAUAAGUUACUAUCUUUGUGCCUUGAAUAUUGCCCAAAUUGCACAUCAUUGCCAUCAAUUGGGCGAUUGCCAUUGUUGGAAAAAUUAAGCAUCAAGAGAAUGCGUAGUGUAACUAGUGUGGGAGUUGAGUUCUUCGGAAAGAAUGUGCCACAUGCGUUUCCUUCAUUGGAGACUUUAGAAUUUGAAAACAUGCUUAAAUGGGAGAAUUGGAACUUUUGGGAAGUUAAUGAGGAAUCUAGGAAAUUCCCUAAACUUCGUGAGCUUCGUAUUGUGAAUUGCCCAGAACUGUUGGGGAGUAUACCGGAAAAUCUUCCUUCUUUGGAGAAACUUGUGAUUUGUUAUUGUAAGAAAUUGGUGAUUUCAAUUCAAAGCCUUCCAAAGCUUUCAGAAUUGGAUGUUCAAGGGUGCCACGAGGUAGUGUAUAAAGGUUUUGCAGAUGACAGCUCAUUAAAAAGAGUCCGUUUUUCAAGAAUUCCCAAGUUUACGUGUGCAGCAGAAUGGUUGACGUUAGGAUCAAUAAAAGUGGAAUCCCUUAAGAUCGACGAUUGUAAAGAGUUGUGCUCUUCGCAAGAGAACAAUUGGGGAUUGCUAACUCAGUCGAUGUCACUUGGUGAAUUGAGUAUUGGAAAGUGGUCUCAACUUAUCUCUAUAGGGGUAGAGGAGGAAGAAGAAGAAUUGAUGCAAUUGAAAAUCCCUUGCACCGUUCAACAGCUUACUAUAUGGGAUUGUGAGAGGUUAGAAAAACUAUCAACAACCUUGCACUACGUCACAUCACUUAAGAUGCUACAACUUUCGUAUUGCCCCAAUCUGAUUUCUCUUUCACAUAAAAAUUUGCCUUCGAAUCUAAAAACCUUAGUGAUUGGUGGUUGUAAAAAUUUACGGUGUUUGUUGGAAGAGGGAGAGAAUGUUAACCUCAGCAGUGCAUGUCUUCUUGAGCAGUUGAAUAUUAGCAAUUGUCCAGCUCUGGAAUCUUUAUCAUCAAGAGGGCAGUUACCCACGCGGCUUAAACUAUUGCAAAUAUACAGUUGUGCAAAGCUGGAGUCCAUAGCUCAAGAAAUUCAAGAUAACUCUUCUCUUGAAAGUAUUAUUAUAAAUGGGUGCAGUAAUAUUAAGUAUUUACCUCAAGGAUUGAACAAGCUCAGCCAUCUCCGGUGCAUACAAUUCCGUAAUUGUUCAAAUUUGGUUUCCUUUCCAAAAAGUUGUUUGCGCACCUCCAACCUCAAAGUGCUUCUCCUCCAUUCAUGUGAAAAACUCCAUGCUCUGCCUGACGAUAUACACAACCUUAGUUGUCUAGAAGAAUUGGAAAUAAGAAACUGCGCAAGUCUGACAUCCUUCCCAGAAGAGGGCAUUCCUACUAAUCUCAGAAAACUUACCAUCGAAGGACCCAACAUCUGUAAGCCACUUAUUGAGUGGGGAUUGCAUAGACUCACUUCUCUUAAAUCUCUCUACAUUUCAAAUGUGUUGUUUCCACAAGAGGAGAUAGAAAUGACGUUGCCCUACUCUCUCACCCAUCUCACCGUCAUUGAUUUCCCAAAACUGGAAACCCUAUCCUCCGGGGGCUUUCAGGACCUCACCUCUCUGGAGUACUUGACCAUCGGUUCUUGCCUAAACCUCAAGUCUCUUCCGGACAAGAACAUGCUUUCUUCGCUUUUGCAGCUACAUAUUUGGAGAUGUCCAGUGCUAAAAGAACAAUGUGGAAAUGAUAAAGGACCAGAGUGGUCCAAGAUAGCCCAUAUACCUUUUGUGGUAAUUGGCGAGUGAUACAUCUAUGAUUCCAGCUAGUUUUGUUUCAGAAGAUAAUGGCUCAGACAAUAAUUUUUCAUAGCAGCAAAGUUGAAAAGAAGGAAGUCAAUGACUCAAAGUUGCAGGAUAUGAUACUAAGCACGACCUUAUUUACAAAAUGCUUGUUAUCUGCUGAGAGUAAAGAUUGGAGUUACAGAAAGGGAUUUCACAUAGGUCUCUUUGGUGCUGGUUGUUAUAUGGAGCAAAGGUUUAUGAAUUUUCUUUGGUAUUUUCGGGUCAGCAAAGUGAUUUUUAUCUAUAAAUAAAGUCAUUUCAUAGCUAACCAUCCAUACUUUGGCAUUAAAUUGACACCUUUGACUUAAAAACCUGCCAAUUUUGAUAGCACAAGUAUAGCUCUUUCUAUGUUCAAUCUAAAUCUUUACUAUUUUGGAGCAUUAGUAAAUUUGUUUUUAUCAUAUGAAUGGUUGAAUUGAAAAUACUAAAGUAGAUGUCGGUGAAGUUGACCAUGCCAUUGUUACCAUCUUUUAAACUAUGAUUUACUCUAUUUGGUUUUUGUAGGACCUACCAACUACAGAUGUCGGGAAGGCUGAAUGAUCUGUGCUAUAGCUUUGGUAGUGAAAAUGACAUUGGCUGUCUCUUGAAAUUUGAAGUUAUCUUCUUUGAUCCUGAGUUCCGUACAAGUAUAAUUGAAGGUUCUUUCAUUUUAUUGAAACAAAUUAGAAAAUCCAGGCAUGGCUUGUUAAAAACACUAAUUUUUCAUGUUAACAAUAUUUUCAUGAUAAUUUUACGUGUUUUAGUUUCUCCUAUAGCUAGUUGGACAUGUAAUUGUUGUGGGUCUAUGAUCCAUCAUUGCAACACCUAAAGACACACUCAUUGUUCUUGCAGUGUUCCUGUGGUCAAUUGUGAGAUAAAAGCCGUUCACCUAUGACUCAAGUUAGUCCACAAGCUUUUUGCAUGCUUGGAUAAAAGAUUCAUUUAUGGAAAUCAUUUCAUGGAAAGAAAAAUGGCGUAAGUAAAGUGUAUACCUUUUUCCAUAUUCGUAAUCAAACGUAAGUAUGGAAAUACAAAAUUCCUUUUUAUUCUUUUCUUUUCCCUUACUUUUAGUAACCUCCAUUAAUUAUAUUCUUAUAAUUGUACAUUUCUAACAGAAUGGUGCUGAAGUGAUAAAGAAAAAGUGUGGUUCAAUAUUGCCCACAAGCUUUUGUCCAAAUGGAUGAUAGUUUCAUAUGUUAUCAAGAGGAAGUUGACUAAAAAUCAAUCAGAGGAUGUCACAGGUAUAACAAUUUGGAAAUGCAUUCGAAUAGUUGCAACACUUGGAACUUUAGGAGGAUUUUGUUCCAUAAUUAUAUGUGAUCUUUCAUAUAAAAAUCAAAUUUGAGAAACUGGCAUUGCCAAUGACCAAUUCUUGCACAUUUUAUAUGUGGCACAGAAAAGGUU